AGAGCACUGGUUGGGGCAUUUGUGCCUGGUGAGCUUGCAGUCAUCAAAGAGGCUUUUGCUGAGGUUCCUGGAGAACUUUAUAAGUCCCAGAUCCGCUCCACAAAUGAGCAUCCAGAAGAGCUUUCAGACUUUCCCCGGGCUAGUGGUGGUCUCUCCAGAGCAGAGAGCUGGCUCAUUGUGAAUUAACCAGUUGCAAACAAACUCCAAACACCCUCAAGAGCUGAGCAGCCAGAUAUCAAUCUCAACAAAGGAUAAGGAGGAGGAAAAAAGUUCCGUAAAGAAGGGAGCACAUGAUUUGGGAUUUUAAGUUGGUGUCAUGGAUGAGUCCACGAUGUCCCUUGGUACGAUAGAUGUUUCUUACCUGUCAAAUUCUUCAGAAUACAGUGUCAAUAGAUGUAAACACUCAGGUGAAGAAUGGGGAGAUUGUGGUUUCAGACCCAGUGUCUUCCGAUCGGCAACUUUAAAGUGGAAAGAAACAUUAAUGAGCAGGAAGAGGCCAUUUGUGGGACGAUGUUGCUACGUGUGUACACCCCAGAGCUGGGACAAGUUUUUCAACCCAAGUAUCCCUUCCUUAGGACUGAGGAAUGUUAUCUAUAUCAAUGAAACUCAUACAAGGCAUAGAGGAUGGCUUGCAAGACGCCUUUCAUACGUACUUUUUAUUCAAGAGCGGGAUGUUCACAAAGGCAUGUUUGCCACCAAUGUGGCUGAAAAUGUAUUGAACAGUAAGAGAGUGCAGGAGGCAAUUGAUGAAGUGGCUUUGGAAUUGAGUUCUGGAGAUGGCUCUGCUCAGCAGCAAUCGAAGUCUAUCAGCAAAGUGAAGAAGAGAGCUAAGCAGAUUCUUCAAGAAAUGGUCGCUAACGUCUCACCAGCAAUGAUCAGGCUGACUGGAUGGGUGCUACUAAAACUUUUCAACAGCUUCUUUUGGAGUGUUCAGAUUCACAAAGGUCAACUUGAGAUGGUCAAAGCAGCCACUGAAAUGAAUUUGCCUCUUAUUUUCCUACCAGUUCAUAAAUCCCAUAUUGAUUAUCUGCUGCUCACAUUCAUUCUUUUCUGUCAUAACAUCAAAGCACCAUACAUCGCUGCUGGCAAUAACCUGAAUAUACCUAUCUUCAGUACACUGAUCCAUAAACUUGGAGGCUUUUUCAUACGACGAAGGCUAGAUGAAACAUCAGAUGGACGAAAAGAUACUCUCUACAGAGCUUUACUCCAUGGACACAUAGUAGAAUUGCUUCGACAACAACAGUUUUUGGAGAUCUUUUUGGAAGGAACACGUUCUCGCAGUGGAAAAACCUCCCAUGCUAGGGCAGGCCUCUUGUCUGUGGUAGUGGAUACUCUUUCUACCAAUACCAUUCCUGAUAUUUUGAUAAUCCCUGUUGGAAUCUCCUAUGAGCGGAUUAUUGAAGGUCACUACAAUGGUGAACAACUGGGUAAACCCAAGAAAAAUGAAAGUUUGUGGAGUGUGGCAAGGGGAGUCUGUCGUAUGUUGCGUAAAAACUUUGGUUGUGUCAGAGUGGACUUUGCGCAGCCAUUCUCCUUAAAGGAAUACUUAGAGAGUCAAAGUCAGAAACCUAUGCCUGCCCCGCUUUCCUUGGAGCAAGCUUUGUUACCAGCUAUACUUCCUUCAAGACCUAAUGAUGAUGCUGCCGAUGAAGGUAGAGAAGCUACAGUUAAUGAAUCCAGAAAUGUAAAUGAUGAGUCAUUCAGGAGGAAGUUAAUAGCAAAUCUUGCUGAGCACAUUAUGUUUACUGCUAACAAGUCAUGUGCUGUUAUGUCAACACACAUAGUGGCCUGUUUACUACUCUAUAGACACCGGCAGGGGAUUGAUCUUUCUACAUUGGUAGAAGACUUUUUCAUUAUGAAGGAGGAAGUGCUGGCUCGGGAUUUUGACCUGGGAUUCUCAGGAAAUUCAGAAGAUGUCGUGAUGCAUGCAAUACAGCUUCUGGGAAACUGUGUAACCAUCACCAACACCAGCCGAAAUGAUGAAUUCUUCAUUACUCCAAGCACAACUAUUCCUUCUGUUUUUGAACUUAAUUUCUACAGCAAUGGGGUGCUACACGUCUUCAUCAUGGAGGCCAUUGUGGCGUGCAGCCUUUAUGCCAUCCUGAAUAAAAGGUGCUCUGGGGGUACUGGAGGUGUAUCACCCAGCAUGAUUAGCCAGGAACAGCUUGUCCGCAAGGCUGCUGGCUUAUGUUAUCUGCUUUCUAAUGAAGGCACCAUAUCACUACCUUGUCAGACAUUUUACCAGAUUUGUCACGAAGCAGUGGGAAGGUUUAUUCAGUAUGGCGUUCUUGUGGUGGCAGAGCAAGAUGAUCAAGAAGACAUUAGCCCUGGUCUCACAGAACAGCCCUGGGACAAGAAACUUCCUGAGCCUUUGUCUUGGAGAAGUGAUGAAGAAGAUGAGGAUAGUGAUUUUGGUGAAGAGCAGAGAGAUUGCUACCUGAAGGUGAGCCAGUCCAAAGAACACCAGCAAUUUCUCACCUUCUUGCAAAGGCUCCUUGGGCCUUUGUUAGAGGCCUAUAGCUCAGCUGCCAUCUUCAUUCAUAACUUCAGAGGCCCUGUCUCAGAACCAGAGUAUCUGCAGAAGUUACACAAAUACUUAAUAACUAGAACAGAAAGGAAUGUUGCUGUUUAUGCUGAGAGUGCUACAUAUUGUCUUGUGAAGAAUGCAGUGAAAAUCUUUAAGGAUAUUGGGGUAGGUUUUCAAGGAGACAAAGAAAAGAGAUUAUCAGUUUUGGAACUAAGCAACACUUUUCUACCUCAGUGUAACCGGCAGAAACUGCUGGAAUAUAUUUUAAGCUUUGUUGUAUUGUAGAAGAAUAGUAGCACUUUUGCCUAAAGAGAAAAAUACAGGGGGUGGGGAGUGGUGAGGCCAGCACAGUCUCCAGGACUGGCCCAACAGUUUGAGGUGCCAUUAUGUGGUAGGACCUUAUCUGACUGGAACCACUGGAAGACAAGUGCCUUCUUCCCUCCAUGGAUUUGUGAUAAUCCUAAUUCUGCAGUAAAACCUACAGUUAACACUUGGAUAUAGCCUCAGUUUGCAAAUCAUACAUUUUAAAUAACUACUUUUAAAGUCUGAUUACUGUGACUUUUGCAAAAAUGUAGUGAUAAGCAAAAACCCCAAGCUUGUUUAGCAAACUUAGUGCUUUCAGCAAAUCUACCAGGAUUUUAAUGCUUUUAAAAAUAAGUUAAAAUCAUCCAAUUCACUGACUUUUUUACUAUCUUUAAAAAAAUAGAGUAAUAUAAUUUUUCAUAUAUGCACCUUUUAUUUGAAAGCUCUUUAACAGUUGAAUGGACUAAUGCUAAUUGUAGCCUGGGAUCAAUGUUAUUUUCUUUGGGCUCUGAUAUAGAAGAUGUUUUAGAGCUGCAUGAAAUGAAAUAGUAGCUUAGGUCAAGAAAUUAAAAUCAUGAUAAAUAACAUAGCAGGGAAUAAACCAAGUAGGCAGAGUUCAAAAGGACCUGGCCAAGUAUCUUUCACUUUUGUAAAAAGUGCCAUUGAGUUUUUAUUGACCAUAGUAUUCAACUAAUCAUUCAGCUAGUGUUCAGGACCUCCUGUUUUAUAUUCCUCUUCCUGAGGUGUGCACUUUUCACAGCAUUGUGUCUCUUUACUUCUUUCUGAAGUAUGAAGGAAAUUGCCGCCUUCUGGAUUGUCCAGAAUGGACUUAUUUCAGUAGCAUCUGAGUGCUUCUUGGGAGGCUCCCACCCAGCCGUGGAUAGCUUAGCUUGGCUUCUCUUCAGGUGAUAAGAUCUGAGCCUACAGUGCUAUGGCUGGAGGGCUGCUUCCGUGUGGUGGACACAUUAGGCUUUGUGAAAAACCCAUGCUUCUUCAAAAUUACAUGCCAAAAACGUAUCAUGUUAAAUGUUAUUGAGACCACACAGUGGCAGAUAAUCAUGGAAGGCUGUCUGUUUGUAAUAGGCAUGUGCCACUUUGUUAGCAGACAGCAUAAUUGUAUGUUAAUUGCACUAAUGUUGAUAUUCCCUUAAGGAUAAUGUGACCUUGAAAUGUUUUGUAAUGGCUUGCUACUCAUUAUCUCCACGGUAUUAUGAAAUUAAGAGGUUUUUUUUCCCCAGUGAAUGUAGUGUAUAGUCUUUUAAUCUAAUGUAACAUUACCAAGACUUGUUAAUAUUGAGAACGUUGGUUUUAAACUACUAUUUAAUAUUAUCUCUUGAAAGAUCAGGGAUUUUUGGAUACAUGUUACUAACUGGCAUUACACAAAACUCUUCACUUAAAAUGCCAAACAGUGAUGCUGUAAUCUUGUAAUCCUUCUUCUUAAAGAGUCAAAUUCCAAGUUAAAUCACAACUUAUUCUUCAAUAAUGCUUUCUGGAAUACUAAGCAAAUGGUUAUUUUGAUAGUAAACUAAUCUGAAUUGUUUGUACCUCCUUUCUGGUCCUCUUGUAUUCCAAACCACUGUUCUAGAGGGGCACGAUGAUGAAAUUCAUAUUUUAACCUUCGAGUUUAUUAACCAGGCUAGCAAGGAAUGAACACAUUUACAUUAGUUAGGACACUACACUUGGAAGAAAUACUUAGGGAAGCUUCCUUUUUUUCUUAGUUUUGUUUUAUCUUGGGAAUCAGAUCUUUUAUUUUUUUAAAGUUCUGCUUAGGGGAUUUGAAAAACCCAGUGAACUCUACCCUUUUUCUAACUACCCAAAUUUUAAGUUCAAGACUUUCUCAGUUCUGUUGUAGUUUGCUGGUAAACUGAUGUGGGAAGGUCCACGGCACAAUCACUCCAGCAGGGAUCUGUGUACAGCCUGAGCUUGCUUUGAGGAAUAGAUAAUAACUUCUCUUUUUGUUUCCUGUUGAUACAUUUAGAUUCUACCUGUCCACCCCUCCUUUCCUGCCCUGCUCCCCUCCUGCCCCGUGUCUUUUUUAGAAGUCCAAUCAAAUGCUUUGGAAAGUGAAGCAAAUGAUCUUACCACUUAACUAACUCACUGUGAACAUAAUUAUGCAUGCUUUUUGUUAUUAACAGGUGCUUAGAAAACUUUUUAAGAAAGAAAAAUCUCAACCAAAGUUACAGUAAUUCAGAGAUUCUGACACCCAAGAUAGUUUUAGAAUAAUGCACUAUUCAGUGCCUCAGUUACUGGAAUACAUUUAGUUCAUUUGUAGUGAAACUGCAGAAGACAGAGCUCCAUCCCACUUGACCAGCCAAAGCAUACUCUUUGCUAACGAAUAUAUUUUCUGUGUAAUAUUUUCUUAAAGCUGGUGGUUUCCAUUUAGGGCUAAGCAAACUAGGUGCUUAUAAAUACUUUAUUAUGGUUUACUGUACCGCAUGCACUUAUGUCCUCUGGGGAGAAGACUGUGAAUGAAGAACAGACCAAGUAAUAUGAAACUUCACUCUUCUUAAUAACAACAUGCUGUGUAAUUCAGACUAGCAGAGAAAGAACUACUUUUUUCCCUCUUGAAAACAACAAAAAAACCUCCAACAGAAUGAAAUUGGUUGAACUAGAACAGAAGGUACUUCAAUAGAUUUGAGAAUGAAGGAGUUGAGAUAUGUGAGGAGAGUACUGUCUAAAUCUAGAUUACUAUGAAUUUAGAUUGUGAGCGGUUUGGAAAAGAUUUACUCUAUAUUUUAGACACUAAAAAAUCAGUGAUAAAAGAUGAAAUUACACUGAAGCAAAAAGGUAACUUGCAUGCAUUUUAUAUGAUUGUGUUGCAUAUAAUGAGUGUAUAUGUGAAUGUGUGUAUACACUCACACACACACACACACAUACACAGAAAAAAAUUAUAUUUCCCCUGGAGUUAAUAAGCACAGAAAACUGUUGUGAUAUUGGCUUGCUAAAGGGAGAAGCCUCAAGGCUGGUUCAUCUCAAAGAUCUCAGAUCUCUACUGAAAGUACAGAGCUGUUGCUCUAAUUUGGGGUAAAUAGUUAUAUCCAUAAUGAGGACCUAGAAGUCAAUAUUGCCAUAGCUGAAUUUAGAUUGAAGUGAGCGACUGUUUUAGAAUUGAGAUAGAAUGGAACCUGUUCAUUGAUUUUUGCUGAUUCUAGUUUGGAAAAGUUAGAGUGUAAAAAUCAGUUUGGUUCUUUUUAGGAACUGGAGACUCAGUAUUUUGCAUUUUAGUUUAAUAGAAACUAAUGAUUACAUUUUGAAAGAGAAAUUUGUGACCUUGUUCUAAUAUCUCAAACUCUGAAAUGCGUUGAUAGCAAUUUUUAAACUACUUGCCUGUUUCUGUAUAUAAAAACACAAAUUAAUAUUGUAAAAAAAUAUUGAUAGAAAAUGUUGUAAAAAAAACAAAACAACUGUGAGUCUGUGAAUUAAACCAGUUUGGAAAUGUUAGCCAAUUUCUAUGCCUGUUAAAUGUCAUGUCAGAAGCACAGAAAUUUAGUUUUAUUAUAAUAAAUUACAAAAUCACAACGUG